UUUGUUGUUGUCUUCGCCGAGUUAUUGCCAAAAGAACGAAAAAAAAGAAUAAAAUAAUAGGCGGCAGUCGUAAUGUAACAGAUUGUAAAUGUAAGAGUGCUAGUAGGCGUUCCGCCCUUAGUCUGAGUUUGUCGUUUUGUUGUUGUAGAUUUUGGCUAUUUUAUUUAAUAAUUUUUGUAAAGGAGUUGGCAAAAUUAACCAAUUAAAUUAGGAUAUCGGCGCAGCGUAUAAAUUUAAUAUUCCAGCCCCAGAGAAGCCGCUUUCAGGGAUUGUAGUUUCUUGUAGCCCGAGGAGAAGGUACAUACAUAUGUACAUAGAUAGUGAGGUGACAGGUGCUACAUAGUAGAGUGUGAGCAGCCAGAACGCGGAGUACUCGCAUGCCACGCAAAUUUAAGCCAAAGCUUCGCAGCUUCGUGAGCGCACUCUGAUUUCGCUUUCCAUGUGCACAGUUCAUCAUUGGUAACAUGUCAAGUCAAGUGGUGGGUGCUGCCCUGGGUGGCGCCCCAGAAGACCGGCUGUCCUCCGAGGACGAAGGUCCACAGGAGCAACAACAACAACAACAACAGAAAGAAACCGAAAAGGAGAUGGUGCCCGUGGAAAUGCCGAUGGUGGUGACUGUUACGGCCACCGAGGAGCCAGAACCGGAUCCAGAGCCAGUGGUGACGGUGCCGGUGAAGGACCCUCGCCCAACGAACACCGCCCGUCGUACUGGUGGCGGUCAGGUCCCGUCCAAGAGCCAAUCUGGUAACAACGAGUGCCAGUUCUUCUUCGAGGACGAGGUCUUUCGCAUCGAUCGCCGUGGACGAGUCCAUUUCGGGGUCAUAACCGAGACGGCCGAGUCCUAUUCCUCCGACGAGGACGAGGAGGUGGACGAGGUUCUGUCCAAGGGCGAGGUGCGCGUGGCCUUCUACCCCGAUGGCAAGGAGAUGGUGCACACGGAACAGUCGAUUGGCCUUGCCGAUAGAACUCUGAUGCCAGGGGAUGUCGUGAGGCGACGCCUGCCAGGACAAAAGGAUCUCAUCGGCCAAGCCGGUUAUGUUCGGGAUGUUAACGUUCGCGCCGAUGUCAAGGUUUUGGGCUCCAAGUUCGUCAUUAAGAACGUUCCUGCUGAGCGGCUUCGCCCCAUCUCCGAGUGGACCAGGGAUGUGCCAGUGUGCCUGGGCACCUGGAUAGGCACUACCAUCAAUGUCGAUGAGUGCGCCGUCCUGAAAUCUGUUAAUGGUGCUCGCCUGGAAAUCAGCUCAAACGACUUCCACAAGUUCAAGGAUGCAGUGUCGCCGUGUGCUCGCGAAGUCUUCAAUCCGAAUGUCUACUAUCCGGGCAAUGUUGUGGUGGGUCGCCUUCCGCCACAGGAUCGCCUGAAGAACCUGACCCCAGAUAUUCCCUUGCCAGCCAAUCGAAAAGCACGUGCUGUGUACACUGUGGAAUCUAUCCGCACCACGUCCGUCAAUGUGGCCUGGACCUGUCGCGCCAUUUCCCAGCUGGAUAAUGGCACGGAUAUUGAUCCCCUCAAGCAGCCCAAGACCACCAUCAAGGGCGAGGACCUGGACAGCGUAAAGCGCCUUAAUAUUUACGAAUCCUACAUGCUGCAAAUUCACGAUCGAUUCUACCUCAAAUAUUCAAAAUGUGAUACAUUAGUUAAACACAUGGACUGGGAAGAUGAGCAAGCGGAGAAAUACAUAACUAUUUUCCACCGCCAACAUAGGAUGGGUAAGAUCAACAAGAGCCCCUCGGCUAGCAGUACGGGAGCCUCGAGCAGCUCGAAUGCCCGCAACUUGCCAAAGUUCCGCCGCUUGGGGACAAAGCUCAGCGGCAUGAAGUUGCCCCGCCCUGCCACCGAUCCAGAGUCCAAUUCCAAUGCGUCAGUAAAGCUGAGUCACUCGCAAUCUGCGUCGAAAAUUCGUUCGGGUGGUAAUGACGAGACCUGGGAAUCUGGUGACGAUGAGGAGGAGGAAGAGGAAGUUCCGGAAACAUUGGAACCUGCAGUGGGUCCCGAAAAAGUAUCGGCUGGAGCCGAUGUAACAGAAUCUCCGUCGGCUGCCUCCACGGCUGCCGCUGGCACGCCGCAAGCUCCAAGAAUGCCCAUGCGGUAUGCCAAGCCAAGGCGUCACAUGAAGAAGAAAAUUCGCAGCGUAAAAAAGCUCAUAGCUUCGCCAUUCGCUAAGAAGGAGAUGGACCCCAAGGACGGCGAUGAGAUUGUGGUGGAGACCUUGGUCGUUUACAGUUCAGUCACGGUGGUGUGGCAGGAUGGCACUGUGGAGACGGGCAUACACUCCACCCAGCUGUACCCCAUUCAUCACCUCGAUAACCACGAAUUUUUCCCCGGCGACUUUGUGAACAAAGCCAACGAAAACAGCACUGGAGCCACCGACUACGGAGUGAUCCAAUGCGUACACCACGACGAACGCAUUGCCAUGGUCAAGUGGUUUAAUAUUUACUCGAAAGCGGAUAAUCCUGUACCCACAUGCCGAGAGUCGGAGGAACUAAGCGUCUAUGACUUGAAGGAUCACUCUGACUACCAAUACCGUCCCGGCACUAUGGUGAUUCGGGUGUCGAACUUCACGGGGGAAGAUGUCAACUCAACUGCUGGCCAGGUGAUUGACAACUAUCCCGAUGGCCGGGUUCGUGUUUGGUGGGCAAAGGGUCACAUCACGAUGAGCUAUCCGCAGGAUCUUUUCGAGAUAAACCACACCGAUCAGGAGCAAGACGCGUACGACUCGGACCUCUCGGAGGACUCGUGGGAGACUCAGUCGGACAACAGUCGCAUCAACAUGAGCCUGACGUCGCUGGACAGCGAGGAGCACAUUCUAAAGGGCGUUGACCUGGCCAAGGAGGCAAUGAAGCGUCUGGAGAGGAACUACCGCGCCUUGCCCGUUUGCCGCAAGGCGGAGGUGCUCAACGACCUGGUGUCUGUGUACAAGAAUUGUGUAUUCCUGGACGGGCUGAUCAACACCAACUUCUUCCACGAAGACCACUUUCAGGGCAUUGUCCGACGGAAACGUUCCAAAAAAGAGGCCCAGUGUGCCGACUGUGCAAUCUGUGGCCAAGCAGCCAGGUCAGGGGCUGUGUCGCCCGAAGCUUCUGUCCAGAUCCUGACGGAUGUCACAACUGCUCUCGUUGGCCACUCCAACCAGACGCCUACAAAGCGGAAAUCUUCUACCGAGGUGGAUGAAGUCCAGUGCAAAAAGACCCCUGACGAUGCCGUCAACGAGGACUAUGAGGAGGAGGACGAAGAGGAGGAGGAGGACUCUCUGUCGGAACUUAAACUUACCGAGAGCGAAGCGAAGCUCAGCCGCGAGGAACUCAUAUCCAAGCUGCACAGUGAGUUCUCCGAAAUGUUCAAAGAGGCCCAGGAGAGCAUCAACAAGGCGUUCGAAAUACACAUGAAGAACGAUUCUGGUGUCCACUCGCGCGGAGAAAACGCUGGCGAGGAAAGCAACGAAUGCAAGAGUAAAUCUCUGAACGACAUCAGUGUCGAACUGAUUGCCAGACGGGACGCCGACGUGUGCGAAGUGUUCUGCUUCCUGAUGAAGGAGCAGAUGGCCAAGUGCCGCAAGCUCAUCAUCGAGACGUUCAACAAGGCGAAGCACGAAAAAAACGAGGAGGAGGCGGAGAGCGAAGCGGAAGAAGCCCUAGAGGCUGAUACCUCUGCGAAGGCCGAGAAUGAGGCCAUGGACCAGCCCCUCAACCUCAACGGCCUGUCUGAAUCCCUGCCAACAAUCGCCAGCCCCAUUGCCUGUUCGUCGCCAUCAUCCCUACCGCUAGACCCAGAAACGCCGCCGGUGGUUGACAAUUGCUUUCAAGUGCUGCCAAGCGCUCCGGCGGCCCAUCACUUUAUUGGAAAUUCCAUAACGCCGGCCAACAAGUCACAGUACCAGAGGGCGGUGCAGCGCGAGUACCGGAUGCUGCAAGCCUCACUGCCGCCCGGGGUCAUCGUGCGAGCCUAUGAGGAUCGCAUGGACCUCAUGUCGGUCAUGAUGGUUGGCCCCAAGCGUACUCCCUACCAGAACGCCCUAUUCUUCUUUGACUUCCAAAUGGGACGGGAAUACCCGAAGAACCCGCCCGUGUGCCACUACAUCAGCUACUGCACGGAGCGACUCAAUCCGAACCUGUACGAGGAGGGCAAGGUGUGCGUCUCGCUGCUGGGCACCUGGUCAGGUCGCGACACCGAAGUGUGGUCCUCUGCCAGCACCAUGCUGCAGGUUCUCGUCUCCAUACAGGGUCUCAUACUGGUCGAUGAGCCCUACUACAACGAGGCUGGCUACGAGAAACAACGAGGCACACAAUUGGGUAAUGAAAACUCUCGUGUGUACAACGAGAUGGCCAUCAUUAAGAUUGCCCAUUCGACGGUCAAGCAGCUGAAGAAUCCACCUCUGAUUUUCCGCAACGAGCUGAUUGAGCACUUCAAGGAGUUUGGAGCAGAGUUGCAUGGUCGCAUGCAGGCCUGGUCGGAGUACUCGCUGCAGGCACAAUGUCAGCGCAUAACCUGCAUCAAGGACAUGCCCGAGGACUAUAAGGCGCCAUGUGACAUGCCAGAGUUCCCCCUGUUGCCCUGCAGCCGUGGCUUUUGCAUUGCGGUCAAGGGUGUUUUGGCUCAACUUCAAAACGAGCUGACCGCCCUGGGGGCUGGUCCGGCGGUCAAGGGAGAACGUGGUGGCAAUGAAGCCGCAACGGGAGCCGGAACUGCACCGCGUGCUGCCCCCGAGGAGGUCUAACUCUAGAGCAAAUACAGUGCCCCCCCUUGCCGAGCCCUUGCCUGUGAAAUUGGUGCCUCAAAUUGCGAAUCACAAGACUUCUGCCGCCUGUGUUCGGGAUUCAAGUCUGGCCUAUGGCAAAUGGGCUAUGUUUUAUAUACAUACACACAAUCGAAUCUCGAAUUUUUUCUCCACUCGAAUUGCUGGCAAUCUGCCUUUUAGUUAACAUGAAUUUCCUAAAUUUAUUGCUAAUAUUAUUAUUUUUCCACAACAGAAAAACACAAAAAUAAUGGGAAAAAACUUAUGAUAAGCUCAAGUACAUAUAUACUUAUAUAGCACUUAGCUAAACUAGAAUCUACAUGGCGAUGCCUCACAUGUAAUGUCAAUUUUAUUAAUUUUUAGUUGUGGGCAUUAACGAGCCAACAUGUUGAUGUGUUGCGUUGAUGGCGUUGUGUUAGGUGUCCUGGUUUGGUCAAUACGUAUCUUUGUUAAUCGCCGCCCGCUGCGUUAUAGUUGGAAUUCCACUAGAGCUUAGCUUAGUUAGUCUAACCCCCCAGCCCCCCAAACGCGCAGCCUGUACGUUAAUAUUGUAAGCUAGCCAAUGCAAGAAAUGUGAAUAAAUUAGCAAUUUUAUUUAUUAUGCCUCCAA